UCAUAUCCAAAGGAGGAAACAAGAGAGAGAGAGAGAGAGAGAGAGAGAGAGGGAGAGAGAGAUCUAGAGAGAGAGAGAGAGGUGAAAUAGUUAAGAAGCAACAACUGAACAUGGUGUCAAGGGAGCACAAGAAAGCCACACUGCAUGAGAAGCUGCAGCUUCUUCGUUCUAUCACAAACUCUCAUGCAAAUAAUGAUUCAUCGAUCAUUCGAGAUGCAUCCAAGUACAUUCAAGAGCUCAAACACAAAGUACAAAUACUGAAUCAAGACAUAGCAAGUGGACAAAGUACUUCAAGCUACCAGAAUUCGUGGCCGAUGGUAACCGUUGAAGCCCUAGAAAAGGGUAUACAAGUAAAUCUGUACUCAGAAAGGAGCUGUCCAGGUCUACUAGUUUUUGUAUGGAAGGUUUUUGAAGAACUGGGUCUUAAUGUGUUGGAAGCUAGAGUUUCUUGUACAGGCAGCUUUCAGCUAGAAGCACUUGGAGUUGAGCGUCAAGAAAAUGGAGAAACCAUAGAUGUUCAAAUGGUGAAACAAGCAAUCUUGCAUGCAAUCGAAAACUGGAGUCAAAACAAUGAUCAUCAAGACUCAUGAGAUCAUGAAUCAUCUGGUUAAGUUUGCACUAAUUUCCUGAAUCUUGUUCUUUUCUUUAGCUUGCAAAAACCUGGAAGAUCCAACGGUAUUCAAAUUUCAAGCAAUAUAUAGAACCCCAAAACCCUAUCAAUUAAUAAGCUUGGAAUUAGUUAACCUAGUCAUCAU